AUGAGGGCUUUGUUGGCCUUGAUUGGGUUGUGGCAAAUGCAGUGGGUUGAAACUUGGGAAAAUGAAGCCAGAUUUAGACUGACUUGUCCAAAUGCUUCAUGCUGGCACUAUUGGAAUGGGACUUGUUAUUGUCUAGAAGAAAAUCAGGAGGGGAGUUGGACAGAAGCAUUGAAGUUUUGCAAGAGAUAUACAUCUACAGAGUUAGUGACACUUAACAGCGUUCAGGAAAAAAACUGGAUUUUAGAUUUACCUUUGGACAACUUUUGGAUUGGAUUGAAUAAUUUGGAAGAAACUCAGAGCUUUUCAUGGUCAGAAGGCACACGGGCAAAUACAAGUUCUUGGUUUCAACCAUCAAACCCAGUUCAGCCAAAUACUUGUGUGAAAGUUUCCAAACACAGCUUGGUUGCUGUCAAUUGUGAUAUGAAAGCCCACUGGAUCUGUCAACGAUCUGCAAUUGCUGAGCGAUAUCAAGAACAUAAAGGAAAGGUGCUUUUAUCACCAAAAGGUUCUAUGUCUCAAGUCCACACAGAUUUGAUUUCUGCAAAAAUAGCAUGCUUGGAGCUUAGAGAGCAGUGUACAGGAAUAACAACCUGGAAUAAUGCCUAUGCACUUGCCAGAGGAACAGUAUUGAUAAAAAGCAAAGAAAAACAGUCUGUAGCAUAUGUCAAAUCAGAUUGUUCCUUGGGUUACUUUGGAAUAAACUGUUCCUCUGUUUGCAAUAGAUGCUAUGGUGAUGAAUUAUGCAAUCCCUAUACAGGAGAUUGUGAUAUUUUCUAUUCUUGUAGAUCUCAAGAUUCUCCUGCUGUUUGUGCACAAGCUUUAAACAGUGUAUGGUGCCCUCAGUUUUCUGGCUGGAAAUACUGGGAGAAGAACUGCUAUUAUUUUAGUGCUGAGAAGGCACCCAAUUGGGAACUUGCUCGUAAAUGGUGUAGAAGAUUCAGAAGUACAGACUUGAUAUGGAUCAACAAGAAAAGUGAAAUGGAUUGGAUAUCAUCUGCAGUCUCAGAUGAGGUUUUGUGGAUUGGAUUAAAUAGUAGGAAGAAAACAGCUACAUGGGUUUGGUCAGAUGCAAGAUCGGCAGCUAAAGAAUUACGGUGGUUAAAAUUGGAAGGGAAUCCUGCCGGAAGAUGUGUAGGUUUUUAUCCUGAUAAUAACACAGCCCUAAAGAUAAAUUGUUCUGAAGACCAUAGGUGGAUUUGUAAGAGAAAGGAAAGGGUAGAUCUUUUUGAUCUCUACACUGAUAAUUUUCUGUCAGGACCAUUAGACCCAAAGAUUUAUACAACUCUUUCCAUUGCUGUAGUAGACUGCUUAAGUGAUUCCAGCUGCACAGGGAUAGUGCAAGAUAGUCGUUUCUUUAGAAGAACAAGAGGUAUAGAUGAAAUUACUGCAUCUGAUGAAAAUGUAUUUACAUAUAAAAAACGAGAAUGUUCCCUUGGUUACUAUGGCAAUAACUGUAGCUUACCUUGUAAGAAAUGCUAUGGAGGAUUCAGAUGUAAUUCAAUAACUGGAAAUUGCCCAGAAAGAUUGUACUGCCAUGGUCAAUUCAAAGGUGAACUCUGUGAAUUAGGCCUCAAAAAUCUAAAAUGUCCCCAAAAUGCACCAUGGUGGUAUUAUGAUGGACAUUGCUAUUAUUUUGAAAAGGAAAAAAAGGGGAACUAUGAAUGGGCAAAAAAACGAUGUUCCUUCUACAAGGAUGCAUAUCUUGUCCGGAUUUCAAGUACAAAAGAAAAGGAGAUUGCCUGUCUUUCCUGGCUUUUUGCUCUCAGGCUUUGGGAUUUCCCUUCAACGAGAAAUAGAUGUGCUCUAAUGAUGAAAGGAAGAGGCCUUCAAGCAUUGCAAUGUACUGAACAGCAUUCCUACAUAUGUAAAAUGCAAAUAGGUGAUAUUACUAAACCUUUUACUGACUACCCUGGGAAAAUAAUGCUGAGUCCUUAUGGUCUGGCUGAAUAUGAAGAUCUUGAAGACGCAAGAUACCAUUGUAUAAUAAAUGUGAAUUGUACUGGAAUAAGUAGCUGGCCACAUGAACAUUUUCCGGUCACAGGAACAGAAAUGGUGUUGGCUUCAGAUGAUCAUGUAGUUCACUUAAGAACAAGUUGCAAAGUAGGACGUUAUGGAUAUGCAUGUGAAGAAGAAUGUCCAGAAUGCAGAAAUUCCUCACUUUGUAACAUGUUGACUGGCUUUUGUGAUGAGAAAACCACCUGCCUGGAUCAUGAUUCUCUAGAGAGUUGUUCUGGGUCCACUGUCAGUGAGAGAUGUCCAGAUAUGACUAAAUGGCGCUACUGGCAUAGAUACUGUUAUUAUUUUGUAAGUUCUUUUGAUACAUGGGAAGAGGCAAAUUCUUCCUGCAGUCGGUUUAGAGCUGCUGAACUUCUAUGGAUUGAAGACCAAGAUGAUUUGAAAUGGUUGAAAAUGUUUAUCAUACAGCCAAUAUGGGUAGGAUUGCAAGAAUUAAAUCGAGAUGGAAUCUGGGCUUGGUCUCAUGAAGAUAGUGCACAACGUUCAUUGACAUGGUAUUCGUUGAAUCUGCUCUAUACAUCAAAAACAUCUAAUAAACCAGCAACAGAUGUUACCACCAUAUGGAUGAAUCUUCAACUAAGCCUUAGGUGGAAAGGAUGUGUAGAACUUUCACAUGGAGGUGAUUUCAAAGCAGAACACUGUUACGAAAAGAAAAAAUCAGCAUGCAAAAGACCAGCUGAACGAGACCUUGAUGUAUUUUCUGGCUUUUGGGAUUCCGUGGUAAUCUCAACAACAUUAAGUUUAUCAGCCAAUUCUUCUUACAAUGAUUCGAAGGAUGAAUGUAUUAAACACACUGAUUGUCUCGGCUUUGGUUUAUGGAAAAACGGAUAUUUCCUAUUAAAUGGCUAUACCUUGGUUAGUGGAGGGUUUGGACCAAGUGUACUGUUUUUAAAAUCAGUAUGUGAUCAUGGAUAUUACGGAGAAGAUUGUGAUUUUAAUUGCCCACGUUGCCAUUGGGAGAAGUUUUGCCACCCUUUAAGUGGAACAUGUGAGAAACCCAUUAUCUGUGCUGCACCAGAAAGUAUAGGCACAUGUUCUUUGGUAUGUAGUGCUGGAUUUUAUGGCACAAGCUGUGAAACCAAAUGCCCAAAGUGUAAAGAUGACCUUCCCUGCAAUCCUAUCACUGGCAAAUGUAUAGCUCCUACUCUAACAAAAUGUGGUUUAGACUCUCCAGAUCCAAAAUGUACUAAACCAGUUUUCACAGGCAUAUGUCCAAAACUACCCCAGUGGUAUUAUUUUUCCAAAGCAUGUUAUUUUGUGGAAAACAUUAAAAAAGAUACAUGGGAAAAUGCAAGGAUUGCUUGCCAAGGAUUUAAGAAAACAGACUUAGUUAAAAUUACAAACAGCCGUGAAAAGAUGUGGGUACAAUACAAAGGAGAUGACAGCUGGGUUGGUUUCAUCUUCUACAAGCGAUCCUCUCAGUAUCUUUGGGUUGAUACUUCAUCUUCAGUUUUUCAAAAUGCCUGGGUGAUUAGGCGAAAUAGAAGACACAUACCCUCUAAUUAUGACUGUGGAGUUGCUUUCAAAGAUUAUCUUUCUGUGGCAGAUUGUUCCCGUCCCAGAAAAUGGAUCUGCAAAAGAGAAGAAGUUGUUGAUCUCUUUACGGAACAUGAUGGAAGAGCAUUUUAUUUUCCUGAUGGAGUCAUGCCUAAGUAUUCUACCUUGACUGAAGCUAAGCAAGCCUGUUUAGCCUGGCAAAUGUGUACUGGAGUGACACAUUCUGGAAAAUAUUUCAUCCUGCACAAUAGUAUAGACCUAUAUAAUACUAGAAACAAAAUAGUCAGAACCUCGAUCAAAUCAAUUUGUUCUGCUGGAAGAUAUGGGGAGACAUGUGAGCGUGUGUGUCCCAAGUGUGAUGAUGAUGUACCAUGUAACCCACAUACCGGGUUGUGUAGUGAUAGCGUGUUUUGCAGCAAAAAUGAUUCUUCAUUCACUUGCCAAACAGGAACCUUGAUUGGUGGAAGAUGUCCUGUUGAGGAUAAUUGGAUAUAUUGGCGUGGCAGCUGUUACUACAUCCAUAAAGGAGAAAAUAAAAAAUGGCGACAGGCAAGAUAUAUGUGCAGACAGUAUAGCAAUACAGACCUUCUCUGGAUAACCAGUACAGCUGAAAAGAAAUUCCUUUUAUCUGUAUUGCCCAGUGGAACUUACUGGAUUGGUCUUAAUGGGAUUAAAUUUUGUACCUAUGUGCGAUGGUCAUACACUAAUGCUUCAGAUUUAGAUAUAGAAUGGUUAUAUAAGAAAUCAUGGUCAAUCUUUUGGAAGUGCUGUGUAUAUCUCACUGUUCCUAAAGGUUCACUGAUAGGAACUGGAUGUAUCUGGAACAAUUUAUGGAUUUGCAAAAGAAGAGAAGAAGAAACAAAGGAUUUCCGUAAAUUUGAUGGCUAUUUUCUUGUUGGCUUUACCAAAGACAGUAAAUCAGCCAACCAUACAUCGUUAAGUGAAGCCUUUCAACACUGUAGAACUGAAGGAAAACAUUGUUCCGGAAUUCAGAGAAUAAGAACUAUUUAUAUAAUAUUACUUGCAAAACGAUUGGUGCUUAUCAUUGGUAACGAUGCAACUUUCUUUACAGCAUAUUUGAAAAGUGCAUGUGCACUGAGUUAUUAUGGUGCAGAAUGUGGCAUGGUUUGCAGCUGCAAUGGAAGUGAAAGUUGCAAUCCAUUAAAUGGACAGUGUGCAGAAAAUGAGCAGUGUAAUGAAAACCACAUAAAAAAUAAUUGUCAACAAGAUGUAAUUCAUCUUAAAUGUCCAAAAGAUCUUGGAUGGUGGUAUUGGAAUAACAGCUGUUAUUAUAUAGAACCAGAAAAAAGCUUGACAUGGGAACAAGCAAAAAAAUUCUGCAUGGCUUAUCAUGAAACUAAACUACUACCAAAACCAAGUGAUGAGGAAAAGGUGUGGCUAACUACUAUGUUAAAGGAUGAUGUAUGGGUUGAAUCUGAAAUGAGAAAAAUGGAUAUGACAAAUAGUAAAGAUUCCUUUAAACAAGCUCAUUUGAAGUGCACCUUAAUGCUACAGAAAGGUACUUUUGAAUAUGCUAGUUGUUCAUCCGUGGCCACCUGGGUUUGUAAAAGAAGCGUAGAUACCAACAUGUUUUGGGAAUACUCUAAAAAAAUACUUAUGUUUCCAUUGAGCAAAAAAACCUAUGAAAAGAUGGAAUAUGCAAAGUCAGCCUGCCUUUUAGAAAAAGAAUGCACUGGAAUUAGUUAUUGGAAAAAGAAGUACCGACCAAUCAGUGGUAAAGAACUGAUUUCAACUCAAUCAAACCAGGAUACUGCAUACAUAAAAACUGCCUGCAGUGAAGGACGUUAUGGAUCCUAUUGCCAGAAAAUAUGUCCAGAAUGCCCAGAAGAUAGACCAUGCAACAGAUUAACAGGAGAAUGUACUGAAGAAUUGACAUGUGCAGAAAGAAAGCAUAUGCAUCUUUGUAAAUUUAAACUGAAAAGCAAGUUUUGCUACCAUUCCUGGAUAUACUUCAAUAAAUACUGUUAUUAUAUUCCUACAUUUGGGGUGAUCAAUAAAAAUGAUGCAGAAUACAUGUGCAGCCAGUUCAAAGAAGCUGAACUCAUAACUUUGGUUACCAUUGAAGAAAAGAAUUGGCUUGCUGAAAUAAUUUCUGAAAAAGUUUGGCUUCGUGCAGUUAGCCCAGCUUUCUUCCCAAAAAGAAUGCUGCCAUCAAUGGAAAAAAAGAUAACAGAAAGGGUUCUAACAGACAGUGAGGAACUCUGCCUACAGAUUCUGCCUGGAGAAGGUCAUUUGGUGACAGUUCCCUGUUCCUAUAAUGCUUCGUGGAUCUGCAAAGCCCCUUUAAAUGUUAUACCAGUAGAUGCUCCAGAAAGAUGGUGGACAUCAUUGGUCACAUCCACUAUAGCAACCAUUAUCGUAUUGAUUGUGACUGUGUUUGUAACAUUUAAAUAUGGAGUCUGA